AUGACUGUUGAUAAUCAGAAUGCAUGUCCUAACACCAGAGAACAUCUUAUUCAUUAUGGACAAAAGUACUCUAUGAAGAUGUAUCCAAAAUUUCAGCCCAGAUUAUCUAAUGCUAGAACAGUAGGUAAUAUUGGUGGAAAACCUAUUUCUCCUUGGAUAGAUUCUGCUUACUUUACCUAUGGCGCUCUUCCUCCUUCAUCUAUGAAUGGUAUUAUAUACAGCAUUCAAGGAUCGCCUAAUACAUUCCUUGAAGGAUUUUAUUCUAUCGGUUUAUCCUGGAGGGGUCGUAGAGAUGGUCAGAUUUACGAAUCUGCAUCAACUUCAGCUGGACCUGAUGAUUUCGAUUGUUUGCAAAAUGAUCUAACUGGAAUGUCUGAACAAAUACAUGGUUUUGGAAUGGGUUGGGGUUAG